AAUUAAAAUUUUUUAAAAUUUCUAUUGCCGAGUAGUUUGAAUAUACAACUAUAAAAUGUGAAAUUUUGCUUAAAUGUUGUAAAGAUUUUGCAUGAGACAACUGUUUUAUAUUAUGAAUGAAUGGUUAAGUCAGAAUCACGUGUAAACGCGAAUCAAAAGAGUGGGAAGGUUAUUUCUAGUUAUUUCGAAAACAUGGCUACUAUUCAUAGAUUGCGACUCGCGAUUAAAUUUGGGAAAAAUGUUUCAAGACCGUUAAGUCAACGUUUUGGAAGACGAAUUUUAGAAAAACAAUGCCAACGGUUCUCAGGUGUUUCUACGAGAAUUAAUUUCCAAUGCAAGCGAUGCACUUGAAAAAUUAAGAUAUAUGCGCCUAAGUGAUUCUAAAGCUGCAGAAAUUAUUGGUGAUAGAAGUUUAGAAAUUCAUAUUGGUAGUGAUAAACAAAAUAGGGUACUUAUAAUUCAAGAUACAGGAAUUGGUAUGACUCGAGAAGAAUUAAUAUCAAAUUUAGGAACUAUAGCUAGAUCUGGUUCUAGGGCAUUUUUGGAAAAAUUAAAGGAGAAACAAGAUGUCGGUGAUACAUCCCAAAUUAUUGGACAAUUUGGUGUUGGUUUUUAUAGUGCUUUUAUGGUUGCUGAUAAAGUAGAAGUAUUUACAAAGUCAUAUGCACCAGAUGCUGAAGGUCUUUGCUGGGUUUCUGAUGGUUCAAAUGCAUUUAAAAUUUCAAAGGCCGAAGGAGUUCAACCAGGAACAAAAAUUGUUAUACAUCUGAAUGUCGAAUGUCGGGAAUAUAGCGAUGAAGACACGGUUAAUCGCAUUAUGGAUGCUCGAUCCUAAAGAUAUUACGCCAACGCAACAUAAAGAAUUUUAUAUGUUCAUUGGAAACUGUUUCGAUUCUCCGCGAUUUACAUUACAUUAUUCAACUGACGUUCCACUUAAUAUAAGAGCGUUACUAUAUUUCCCAGAACAAAAACCACCAUUAUAUGAUUUUACGAAAGGUGAAGUAAGCGGAGUCUCGUUAUAUAGUCGUAAAGUUUUAAUUAAAAGUAAGGUGGACACUAUUUUGCCAAAAUGGAUGCGUUUUAUCAAAGGAGUAGUUGAUUCCGAAGAUAUUCCUCUUAAUUUAAGUCGUGAAUUGUUACAGAAUAGUACCUUGAUCGGGAAAUUGCGCAAUGUUGUAACUGCUCGAGUGUUAAAAUUUUUGAAUGGAAAAGCUCAGAAACAAACUGAGGAGUAUGAUAAAUUUUAUAAAGAUUAUAGUAUCUUCUUAAAAGAAGGUAUUGUGAGCAGUGAUGAUCAGAAAGAGAAGGAGAGUAUAGCUAAACUUUUACGAUUUGAGUCAUCUGCAAAACCACCAGAAGAAUUGGUAAAUCUAACAGAUUAUUGCGCACGAAUGCCUUCUGAUCAAAAUAAGAUUUACUAUUUGUUAGCACCAAACCGAAAAUUAGCCGAACAAUCGCCAUAUUACGAAUCUCUAAAGAAAAGAAAUAUCGAAGUAUUAUUUUGUUAUGAAGCACAUGAUGAUGUGAUUUUCUUGCACUUAAGACAGUUUAAUUCUCACAAGCUGACUUCUAUCGAAGAAGAAUUACGUGAAUCGGAUUCAAAAUCUGAUAGUCCUGGUAUUAUUAAUCAAACUGAAAUUAAUGAUCUUAUAACAUACAUGAAGAAAACUUUAUCCGAAAAAGCACACAAUAUUAAAACAACGACUCGACUUGAAUCACAUCCGUGUGUUAUCACAGUCCAAGAAAUGGCAAGUGCAAGACAUUUUGCCCGCAUACAAACCCGUCAAAUGGGAGAUGAAAUGUUGUACACCCUGCUUCGACCAUGUUUAGAGAUAAAUCCUAAACAUUCCCUCAUUAAAAAGCUUUGUCAGUUAAUAAAAACCGAUACAAAAUUGGCAGAUCUUCUUAUAAAACAGUUAUUCACUAACAGUAUGGUAGAAGCUGGUUUAAUUGAAAAUCCACGUAUAUUAUUAGAAUCAUUGAAUGAAUUACUGACCACAGCAUUAGAGAAACAUCAGUGAAGUCACUGAUUUGCAAAAUUAUUUUUCAAUAAAUUACACGUUGUAUAUACAAGCGCUUCAAAUAAAAUAACUAAUUGACAAUUGUACAAUUAUUUGAUUAAAAUUUAUUUUGCAAAUGAUAAAAUGUAUUUGUUAUCAGUUAUAUUUUUUAUUUUUGUGGAAUAAAUCAUUUGUUGUAUCUUAUUAA